UGUGCUUUCAAAAACAUGAAACCUCUUCUUCUGUAUCUGGAGGAAAGAUUGAUUACUCCAAACUCACAUAAAUCGCCAACUGCAACUAGUCUAGACAGUGUGGUUCUAAUUGUAAUUGAUCAAGGAACAAACUGGUACUGUGACUAUCUUUAUCACGAUAAGAAAUCUAUGUUUACAGAGGUAGCUGACACCAAUGAUAGAAUUCAGACAACACCUGAACUAGUCCAUCUCAUUAGGGACAAUAAGUCUCUGGCAGCAGACGACAUCUAUGUCUCAGAGGAUGUUGCAUCUGGAGUAUACAUCAUUUCCUCAAGAGCACCCUCUAUUGCCAAUGAUUGUGAAGAUGAAAGCCCUAUUGGCAGUAGGAUGCCCCAUAGCUUGUGCAAUCCUGUGCCUUCUCAUAAGGAUUUAUCCAAUGAUAACUCAGCUGGUGACAGUGUGCUAUCCAUAGUUACAGACAGAGCCAAUGUUGGCAUACCUGUCGAAAACACAGAAAAUUCAAAAGAGGGCAGCACAGAGUACAAUGCAAAAUCAGAGGUAAAAUCAGCGGUAAAUGAACCUGAGAAAAAUUAUGGAAAACCUAAUAACAAAAUGAAUGUUGAUCUGAACAAGAAUGAAGAAAAUAAAGAAGAUCAUGUCGUUAAUGGUUCGGGUGAUACCGCUACAGUGAAAUCUACUAGGAAUGUAGCUGCAAAGCAUUCGGCAUCCACACGAAGUUUAGUGUCAGAAAAGACAAGUACACAAGCAACAUCCUUGGAAUUUGAUGUGACAAGUUACCGGGCUAAUAAGAAGGAAGAACCAAAGGUGAAUACAGUUGUGAAGGAGGAGCGUAAAAGUGCAAGUGUAAAUGAAGUUGAUGAUGACACCAAGGAAUUUCAGGAAGCUAUCGAUAAAAUUGUCAAAGAGACAGGGUUGCUUGAGAAGGACAAAAAAACUCAAAAGCAGAAAAAGACAAAGAAACAAAGACCUAAAAGUCCACCAUCAGUAAAAAGUGACCAAAAUGAACAAUUAGAUGAAAGGGAACGAUUCAUUGUCGGAAAACCAAAGGAACAAAAGAAGCCAGAAGAACCAAUUCCCAAAAAAACAAAAACAAAAAAAGUUGUCAAGAAAGAAAAGAAAAAAGUUGAGAAGAAGACAAAGAGCAAAAAGAAGAUGCCUUCUGAGCAAGACAAAAUUACGGAUGAGCCUGAAGAGAAAGAAAUUGCUUUAUCUGCAAAGGAGGUUGAAGAAGUAAAAGAAGCUACAAUAGAGGGACUAGAAAACGAAGAUGAUGCAUCCAAAAAGGUUGCUCCGUCAUCACCAGACGUAAUGUCAGUUGAUCGAUCUGUUUCUGAGAAAUCCUCUGAGACACCUGAAUCUCCCCAGUUCAUCAUCAUCCAUGACGAGUUUUCAGAUUCUGAAUCUGAUGAGCGGACAUCCAACUCUGAGGUGAAGUCUAUGACACCUCUUGACGACAGCUACUCCGAGGUCAUGUCCUCCGUCAUGUCUUCCGUAACUGAGGACUCGACAAGCCAAGGGCCACAGAGCAUAUCACGCAGUCAAGCCAAGCAAGCAAAACGUGCUGCAGAAGCCGAGCGAAGAAAACAAGAGGUAGAGCGGAAAAGAAAAGAACGCGACGAGGCUAAGAGGAAAUCCUUAGAAGAAGCAGAAAGACGUGAGCAAUUAAAGAGAGAGUUUGAGGAAGAAAGAAGGAGAAAAGAAGAAGAAAUAAGACAACGCAGAGAACGUGAAAUAGAGGAAAAGAGGAAGAAAGAAGAAGCUGCACUCGAAAAGAAGAGACAAGCAGAGCUAGCGCUGGAGAGAGAAAGAAAACAAAGAGAAGAGCGUCAGAGAAAAAUGAAUGAAAUGGCGAGGAAAAAGAGAGAGGAAGAACUCAGAAAGAAGGAGGAAGCAGAAAAGGAGAGAAAAGAAGAGGAAGAAAGAAGAAAAGCUGAAGAGGAGAUGUUAGCAGCAAUGGCAGAAGAAGAAAGAUUAGAAUAUGAAAAGAGAAAACAAGAGGAGGAACUGUUGCAAAAAGAGCUUGCUGAGAAGGAACGACUACGAAGAGAAGAAGAAGCAAGAAUAGCACAGGAGGAAGCUGAAAGAUUGAUGUUACUAAAGUUAAAAGAACAAAAGGAAUUAGAAGCUAGGUUACAAUUCAACAGAUUACUUCAGUCUGAAUCCAACAUUAUGGCUCACUCACAGGAGAUGACUCGAGCAUUUACCUUCUCUUACUACGAACUACUUGAAGCUCUGGGAAUCGACCCACCAGAAUGGUUGAAAAAAGAACUAGAGGAAUAUACUUAGGUGUCCAAAUCUUAAUAUUUUUCCAUGUUACCAACAGUUGAAGCACUGAAGUACAUAAAUGUAUGCUGCGCUUCUUAGGUUAAAAAAAAAAAAAAAUAUUUGAUUUGUUAGAUUGUGGUUAUGCAUUUGUGUCUAAAGCCUCAAUCGCACUGGAUUUAUUUCAGUAAAAGUAACCGUCUUGUCGGUAAGUUUGACCGAAAAAAUCCAGUGCGGAUAGUCCCGCUCGGUUAACUUGACUGUCGCCGCCGGUUAGUUUUCAGAAGUGAAAUUUACUCAGGAAUUCCUACCGAGCUACUUUGACCGGCCUGGAAAAUCCAAUGCGAACAGCCACAGGUCGGUUAAAAUUAACCGAAUCCCGAGCCUCAUUGUUAAUUGGGUGACCUUUAUCGCUCCGUGAAGCACUGGCGCAUGCAUAUAAUUAGUUGACCUGCUUCUUCUCAUUGCUUUGGUUUAUUGAUGUGUACAUUUCGAUUUUCGUGCAAAUUUUAUACUACUGUGCUGUAUUGAUCGUACUAAUAUCGUACUAUUCGACUAGUUGAUCACAAACCAUUAUUUUCUAAUGUGUUACUUUCCCUUAAAUAGUAAGUAUGGCAUGGAAGGACAUUUCUUGAUUUUUUAGGCCUCGCUAGGCCUGAAAUAUCGGAAGGAGAAAUUCUAGGCUCUCAUGAUGUUGGCGAUACAGAUCAAGGGAUCAGAAGGCUUUAGGUCAUGUCAGUACGGGUCAUGUUACGGGUCAAAAUGUACCGCCCUCAAUAGUUAAUUUUACACUACUCGGGAAAACUAACCGAGUUGAAAAGUCCAAGUGCGAUUGACGGUAACAUUUCCCCUAGAAAUGUUUACCGUGAUGACAGUUACAUAUUCCCAAAAUUUAAUCCAGUGCGAUUGAGGCUUAAGUGGGAAGAUGGAUUCUACAAACUCUGCUUUCUGUCCAUAUUGGUAAAGUGCCUAGAUUUGUAUAAGCAUAUUUUAUGUGAUCCAUAUUUGCCUGCUAUACCAAGCUGUUUAUGUGAUACAUUUGCUAUAUAAAUACUGUGUGUAUAUCGGUACUGAUGCUGUACUAUAUCGAUAAUGUGUGUAUAGAUUUCUAAUAGAUUUAUAUUUUAUAUGAUCCAUACUUGCUUCAUUCUAACUAUUUUCAUUAGCAAUAAGCUUUUAUUCUGUUUAUAAUGUACUGGUAAUGUAUAUGCACUGUAUUAAUACUGUGUUUACGUACUGUAGUGAUUUACAGUAUACAUAGUGUAUCUCUAAUGCUUGCAUACUGUUUUUAUGUGAUCCAUAUUGGCAUCAUUCCAACUAUUUUCACCAGCAAUAUGCAAUGCUGUUUAUACUGUACAGGUAUGCACUGUAUUAAUACUGUGUUUAUGUACUGUUGUGAUACUUUUACAGUAUACAUAAUGUAGCUGUAAUGUUUGCAUAGUGUUUGUAUGUGAUCCAUAUUGGCAUCAUUCCUACUAUUUUUACCAGCAAUAAGCAUUUAUGCUGUUUAUAAUGUACUUAUAUUUGCUGUAUGAAAACCAUGUGUAUAUAGUGAAGUGAUGAUGUAAUUUAUUACUACUGUGUCUAUAAAAUUUUGUAUAGAUAUAUAUUUUUAUGUCAUCCAUAUUUGCUUCAUUCCAACCAUUUUAUCAGCAAUCUGUUAUAAAUAUGGUAAUUGUAUUCAGAUAGUAAUAUUUUAAUAAUGUGUGUUACCUAAUUAGUAGAUCUAAAUUUUAUGAAAAUCAUGUACAUAAUUAAAAUAUUUCAGAUAAAUAUUUUGGGCUAAAAAUGUCUAAAGUAUGCAGUUGGUAUUCACCUUUAUAUGAUAAUUAAAAGAAGAUGAUUUUUAUAUUCUGCAGUUUUUACCAGCUACAAUCCUUCCAUUCCUCCUACACCAAAAAAAAAAAAAAAUAGAGAGAGUAAAAGAUAAAUAUCUUACAAUGAGCCAGAUUCUUUUAAGCAGGUGUAUAUACUGCAUUAAAAGUGUAGCUUAAUCACUAAAAUAGUCAAAAAUUUCAUAUAUAUCAGAUGUUUAAAUACAUUUGAUUUCAAAUCAUGUCUGAAAUUAAAACUUAUUAAAAGCUGUGUAAUGUG